AUUUGCAGUAGGACAGGCCGUGUGCUGGGAAGGGAAAAACGUGUGAGCGUGUGUGAGCUAUAUAUACACUCUCGUGUUAUUGGUGUUUAAAGUCGUAGAAAUUAGUUUAAUCGCGGCAAUUAACCUGAUAAACAACUCGUUUCUAUUAAUAGAAGAAACCAGCGAGUGUUGCUGGUGUGUUCUCUGGAAUAAACCAUGAAGAAGACACCCAAGAAGAGUGUUUCGGUCGUCCGUGAAGAGGCGUUGUCAGGGCAACCGGCAGCUGACUACGAGGUGGGGCAGGUGUCAGGAAGUUUGUUCAAGAAGAAAUCCGCAGCCUCCGGAUCGCUGUCGACUUUAUUCGGCACCGUGGCACCGGCCGGUCCUCUUCUGUUUCAGCCUGCACCAAAGCCUGUUCAGAAGAGCACAGAAGCAAAGGAGGAAACUCCAGAGGUCAAAGGUCAGGCCAGUCAGAAGAAGAAUCAGAAGCCGCUUCCGGAGAAAUCGGAAGCCGACCAGAAGCUGGAGAACAGGGAGAUCAGUUUGCAGAACGCGGACGAGGACGAGCGAGGGAAGGCGACGCCCGCUCAGAAGAAGAGGAAAGCGCCGGACGAAGAGACCAGUGCGGAGCAGUGGGUGAUGAAGAGGAAGAAGCUGAAAGCCAGUAAAGAGCAGGACGUGGUAAAGGAGAAGAGGACGGUGUUUGUUGGCAACCUGCCCAUCAGCUGCACCAAGAAGACCCUGACCAGCCUCUUCAGAGACGACGGAUCCAUCGAGUCCAUGCGCUUUCGCUCUGUGGUCAGAGAGGAUCCCUUGAUGUCCCGCAAAGUAGCCGUUAUUCAGCGCAAAAUUCACCCCAAAACGCAGAGCUUAAACGCCUACGUGGUGUUCAGCGACGAGGCCACGGUGGCCAAAGCGCUGGAGAGGAACGGCAUGGAGAUCGAGAAGGACUUCCACAUCCGGGUGGACAGAGUGACGGAGGGCCCCUCGCACGAUCACAAACGCUCCGUUUUCGUGGGGAAUCUUUCGUUCGAGAUGAAAGAACUGUCUUUCCGGCGGCACUUUGAGGAGUGUGGCACAGUGGACGCUGUGCGAUUGGUGCGAGACCAGAACUCUGGAUUGGGGAAAGGAUUCGGUUACAUCCUGUUUGAGAGUGCCGACUCGGUGCAGCUGGCGUUGGAACUGGACGGCACCAAACUGGACGGCAGAGCCAUCCGGGUGAAGAGGGCGGAGAGGCAGAAGAAUCACACUGACGCCAAGGGCCCCGCCAAGGGCCCCGCCAAGGGCCCGGGGCAGGAGAGGGGAGGCGGCUGGAAAGGUUUCAAGUCUAAAAAGAAGUUGUCUGGAAACCAGCAGAAGUUGACCAAGAGCUCAAACUCCUUCAAAGGAGAAAUGGUGGAUCCAAACAAAAAGAGUCAAAAGAAAGGACAGAAGAAGAAGAAGAAACCGAGGACCAAGCGGGCUGUUCACAUCUGAUCGGCAUCGUGAGGUUUUUUUCCGACUCCGAUGACGAGCCGACGGGGUUUUCUCUGUCCGACGGACACAAACCAAUCAUUAUUGGGGAAAUAUCGUUAAAUUACGACAUUAUUCUCAUAACGUUACGACCGAAUACAGAAGGCCCGAGAGACCGUUUCAUAUUUUGUAUUUUAUGUGAAUUUAGUUUUUCUUUCUCAUCCAUAAAGACAUUUACACCAUAAAUCGCUGCAUUUAAUAAAAAGUCACCGCAC